CGUCAGAAAUUGUUAAAUGGUGGUAAGCAAGAGAGGAAGAGAAAAUAUCCGCGUUUAGCCCCAAAAAUUCAGUUUUUCCUCGCGAGUGAUACAACGUUCGAUGUGAUCCAAGUGUUCGUGCAAUCCUCGGCAGUGUUCUGAGAUUGCAUGUGACCCACGAUUGUCAUUUUACGUGAAGUGCACCAGCCAGAAGCAUCCGAAAACCACGAUGUGUCCCAUGUCAACAAAGCAGACAAAGGCACCCAAGGAGAAAAGGAGGAAUUCUGAGCGGCGCAAGGAAAAAUCGCGCGACGCAGCCCGAUGUCGCCGAGGACGGGAGACGGAAAUCUUCACCGCCCUGGCGCAGGCCCUGCCGCUGACCUCAGCAUGCUGCAACACGCUGGACAAGGCAUCCAUCAUGCGCCUCACCAUCUCCUAUCUCAAAGCACGGAAAGUGGCCGAGCUCGUUCCCUCGAGAAGUCUUGCAGUCACAGGAGCUGCAGAUGGAGAAUUUCUGCAAGCUCUGCAAGGCUUCCUUCUUGUCGUAUCAUCAGACGGAGACUUGGUUUUUCUUUCGGAGAAUGUUAGUCAACACUUAGGAUUAUCCCAAAUGGACAUGAUGGGAAAUAGCAUUUUCGAAUUCAGCCAUCCUUGUGAUCAUGAUGAACUACGAGAAGUCCUGGGAAUUGCCAAGAGCGGAAAUAAAGCCAGUUCUAAAUCAGUGGUGCAGGCCGAGUCUCUCCAGCCCCAGUCGUUUUUCCUGCGUAUGAAGUGCACCCUCACCACCAAGGGCAGAAAUGUCAACCUGAAGUCAGCCUCUUACAAAGUCAUCCAUUGCACUGGGCACAUACUAAGGAAGGCCUCAAUUAAGGAGGAGAAGGAUGUUGGUGGCAGAGGAAGCAACUCGAAAAAGGAAAACACUGCUAAAGAAGACCCCUUGCAGAGGUGCUUGGUAGCCAUCGGGGAGCCGAUUCCACACCCUGCAAACAUCGAAAUACCCCUGGACAAGCAGACCUUCCUUAGCAAGCACUCGCUCGACAUGAAGUUCACUUACGCCGACGACAAUAUUGGCGAGUUUCUGGGCUACGACCCGGAGGACCUGAUCGACCGCUCCUUCUUUGAGUUCCACCACGCCCUGGACCACGAGAUCAUCCACAAGGGCUUCAAAAAUUUGUUCGCCAAGGGCCAGAGCGAAAUUGGCCGUUACCGCUUCCUUGCCCAGGGAGGCGGCUAUGUGUGGGUGCUCACGCAGGCCACCCUUCUGCACGGCGGCAAGGCCCAGCAGCCGAUCAGCGUCGUGUGCGUCAACUUCGUCAUAAGCGGAGUCGAGGCUGGUGAUGAGGUGUGCUCCGUCAACCAGUUGACCGCCGUGAAGGACGACGAGCCACCCCCGCUGCUGCCCCCGGCCGCCCCCGCUGCAGUCGAGAGCAAGCCCAAACAGCCACCGUCGCCGACGAGGUCCGUGGCCGCGCCGCCACCCCUGCCCUACCCGCUGCCGCAACCGGCCACGUCCAAAAUCUUUAUGCCCCGGACGGAAGAUAUGAGCAAAGGAUUCCUCACUUUCUCUGACGAUGAACCAGGCCUCACGUUGCUCAAAGAAGAGCCCGAGGAUCUCACCCAUUUGGCCCCGAUGGCCGGUGACGUCGACAUCCCCCUGGAGGGGUCUUCAUUCCUUGAGGACGACGUCUUCAAUGAGUUCAUGAUGGCCAAUUACUGCCCGUUGGACCUGAUGCCGGCCGAAGAUGACGCCGAUUCCGCGUCAGGAUCCAACUGCAGCCCCCACGACCCCUUCCUCACCUACCGUUCAGACAGCAGCAAUCAUUCAUCGUCUGACCACAAACUGGAUUCGCCCUUACCGAAUUCAGACAGGGAUAGUUUGCCCUCGUUAUGCAGUCCGGACUCGGACUCAAACAAGCUGCUAGAAGAUGACGACGAGUUGACUUUCCGCGCUCCUUAUAUUCCAAUGGGCAGGGAGGACACGGAACUUCCAUUCCUCAUCUCGCCAGAUCCAAUUUGGUGCGCGCUGUCCCCGUCGGACAGGCCGCCGGACGCCUCAAAGUCGAUGCAAUUAUCUCCCGGCCCAUCCGAAAGCAGUUCCAAGAGCUGCUGGAGCGCGCAAAACAGCCCGCCGAGUCUAAACUCGAACCUGGCACAGUUGCUGCUCGGCGACGGGGUGAAGGCCGAGUCGCCCACCCCCAUGCUCCAAGAGGAGGAUAAACUUUCGGCUACUCUGAUGUCCCAAUUGUUGCAAAAAGUGAAAAUUCCCAAUCAGGGAGUCCGAAUAUCGUGCCCGUCAACCCCGCAGAAAUCAAAACGCCAAGCACAAGAUUUUCUGUCCGCGGAAGAGCCGAAAAGGGCCAAGCACUCUUCAGAGCUGCUGCAGCGCCUGAUGGCGCCCAAGCCGGCGAACAGUUGGGCGGACGAGAAAAUGAACAAGAGCAGCGUCCUGAUGAAUCUGCUGGACGACCAACCGCCCCCGCUAGAAGAUGUAGGCUACAUGGAUGUGGACAAGGGGUUGCCGCCGCUGGACGUGCCGCCCCCGAUGUUGGCCAGAACCUCCCCGGACCUGAUGCUGUCGGACGUGGAGGCCGUGUUGCGCUACCUGAACGCAGAAUAGCCCCCGUGUGAGCAGCAUGGCGACGCGGCGGCUGAGUAGGGGGUCGAAGGGUUGUUCUCUGCCCGAAAACGGUGGCCGUCGCACCUGGGAUCUACACUCGCCUGAAAGGGGCAGACCGAUCACGGUAGAGACACCCUGACCACCCCUCUACUCAGAAUCUCGCGUGCAUUUUUGUCUUUUACAACAACCAUCGCUGAUACAAUAAUCAAAAGUAGCUCGCCAUGCUGCAAAAACCCUUUCGCCCUUCUUCGAUUGGAAAAUUGAAAUUGUUUUCAAAACCAGUUUAUUCUUAAUUUUGUAAUUUUUCGGUCUGGAAAUUGAAGCCAUUUUUUUUUUACGUUUCUUUUCUGGCGCAACAAUUUUGUUGUGGAUCUUGGUGAUGUUUUAUUUGUUUUCGUCUUUACAAGAUAAAUGGUUCAAAUUAUUAAUGUUUAAGUUUCAUCAAAUUCAAAUGAGUUUUUCUUGGAAUUUUUCUAAAUAUUUAGUGUCAAAACGAUCGAGAUGUAGUGCACCCUUGAGGAAAAUAGAAACAGUGUCUGGUGCACGUUGCAUUGUGUAAUGGAAAUGAAUAUAGGAAAGAUUUACUGCCAUCGAGGUGCACUAAUUCAUACACUUGAGUAUGUUAAUCCAUAGUUGAUCUAUGUUUGACAUGCAUCUGAUAAUAAUGGAGAGGAGAUUUACAAACACACACACAGUGGCUAAACGAAUUAGUGCUCAUCUUUGUAUUAAUAUUUAGAAGUGGAUGAAGUUGUAAUUGAUAGUGACCCCAGUUGUAGCUCACGUAAAAUUUAAAAAUUAGUUCUUACCAGUUUUUACUCUUUUCUGUUCAACACUAAUAUUGUUCUUUGGGAUUUUGGAGAUUUGACUUUCAAUAGCAAAAAUGAUACUGAGGUAGCUCUUGGUAAUGAUUGAUAAAAAGUACAACACUUAAAAUUAGUUAGAAAAUGCAAACGUCAAGUAAUUUCACGAGAAACCCCGACUACUAAAUUUAAAUAAAAAGGAAGGUGGAUUUUGAAAGGCUGCCUGGACUGAUUCAGGUUGAGUAUCGAACGGAUAAUAUGCAAAAGCUUGUGAUGGAGAAAAAGAUUGAAUUGGCAAAAAUACCCUUAGAGCUUACUGACUUGCACAUUAUAUACCUUUGCGUGAGCAUCUUUUUGAGAUAACAUGCUGGUUUUGCUUUCGUCCAUAAAUAAUGGGAUGAUGAACAAUAUUUUUAAUAACACUUACUAUUUUCUUCUCAUGUCAGAAAAUUUAUUAUUUUAUUAAAACUAACCCUAAUUUCAAAGAAUUGAUCAGAUGUGAAUUUAUAUCAAAGAGGUCUACUGAAGUGACCUGAUAAUUUCAAACAGUUAUUAUAAUAAAAUGGCUAUGUUCGUUUUUUCAUUGAUUCACUCUAUCAUUUUUUUUAAUUAGCAGUAAGAAACUUUGCUAUUAGUUAAGGAUCGACACUCAAAACACAUUCGAUGUUGAUGAAAAAUUGUAAUGGAUUAUAAAAGAUAUCUUAAAAGCUUCAUUUCAUUUUUUUUUUUGCAAAUUCCUCUGCGAGAGGUGCAAAUGAUAUUUUAAUAGAGAAAAGUAGAGGGAAAUGCAGCAGGUGAACAGUUUCUUGUUCAGUGCACAAGUAGGUGCAUUUUAUUUUUCGCUAAGGAAACUAUCUGUAAUAGUGGGAGCAAAUAACUAAAUGUGCAGAUUAAAACUGGAUUAACAACAACCACUGCUAAGCAAUUAAAAUUCUUUGGCUUCCCUCUCUGUUCAAAAUUAUUAACAAUCUUCGAUUUUAUUUUUUAAUAAGUUUAUCCUCUAUGCUGACCUUCGGUUUGUGUGGUGUUCCAAUUAUAUCUAAAAUAGCAUAGCCCUCAUCUGUAAUUGUCGUUAUGCAUACAUCUAUUUUAUCCUGUAUACACAUAUAUGGUUUAUUUCAAAUAAAGGAUACUGUUGCAAAAUAA